AUGUCGACCAAGCCAGAGUCAUCACGCCCUCGGGCACCAGACACCAAGAAGGUGCACAUUGCCGACACCCCGUUGACCAAGCACAACUGGCACAAGCAUGUCAACUGGCUGAAUGUCACCUUCAUCAUUGGCAUUCCGCUCUAUGGAUGCCUCCAGGCCCUCUGGGUGCCAUUGCAACUCAAGACUGCCGUCUGGGCAGUUAUCUACUAUUUCUUUACUGGACUCGGUAUCACCGCAGGAUACCACCGCCUGUGGGCUCACUGCUCUUACUCGGCCACUAUGCCCCUACGAAUCUGGUUCGCUCUUGUCGGCGGCGGUGCCGUCGAAGGUUCCGCUCGCUGGUGGGCUCGUGGUCACCGUGCUCACCACCGGUACACCGACACUGAGAAAGACCCGUACUCGGUACGCAAGGGUCUGUUGUACUCGCACCUGGGCUGGAUGGUCAUGAAGCAGAACCCUAAGCGCAUUGGCCGUACCGAUAUCUCGGACCUGAACGAGGACCCCGUCGUGGUCUGGCAGCACCGCCACUACAUCAAGGUCGUCAUCGCCAUGGGUCUGAUCGUGCCCAUGUGCGUGGCUGGUCUCGGCUGGGGUGACUGGUGGGGUGGAUUCGUGUACGCAGGCAUCCUGCGCAUCUUCUUCGUGCAGCAGGCCACCUUCUGUGUCAACUCGCUGGCCCACUGGCUCGGCGACCAGCCCUUCGACGACCGCAACUCGCCUCGGGACCACGUGAUCACCGCCCUGGUCACCCUUGGCGAGGGCUACCACAACUUCCACCACGAGUUCCCCUCUGACUACCGCAACGCCAUCGAAUGGCACCAGUACGACCCGACUAAGUGGACCAUCUGGACGUUGAAGCAGCUGGGCCUGGCCUACGACCUGAAGCAGUUCCGCUCCAACGAGAUCGAGAAGGGCCGCGUGCAGCAGCUCCAGAAGAAGAUCGACCAGAAGCGCGCCAAGCUGGACUGGGGUGUUCCGCUGGACCAGCUUCCCGUCAUGGAGUGGGACGACUACGUUGAGCAGGCCAAGAAUGGCCGCGGUCUCAUUGCGGUGGCGGGUGUGGUCCACGACGUGACCGACUUCAUCAAAGACCACCCCGGUGGCAAGGCCAUGAUCAGCUCGGGCAUUGGCAAGGACGCCACGGCCAUGUUCAAUGGUGGUAUCUACUACCACUCCAACGCCGCCCACAACCUCCUGUCCACCAUGCGUGUCAGUGUGAUCCGUGGUGGCUGCGAGGUCGAGAUCUGGAAGCGCGCCCAGAAGGAGAACUCGGAGUACGUCCGCGACGAGACGGGUCAGCGCAUCAUCCGGGCCGGCCAGCAGCCCACCAAGAUCCCGGAGCCGAUCCCCACUGCGGAUGCGGCGUAA